AAGCCCUGGAGAGCCAGGAGGAAGCGCGCCAAGCGUCCCGUGGUUUCAAACCCCGCCAUGCCACGGCCUCAUGUGUGAAAAAGGGGGCCCCGCCUGCAAAGAGCCCUGGCCAAACGCCCCGGUUCAAUCCCGCCUCGUCCUGCGCCUUUAAGAGGCGCGGGGGGCGUGUUGCGGGCAGGCCUCCUUCGCUGGCGCUCCGACUCGCCUCGUUAAAGGAGAACCGCGCCGCGUCCAACUCCGUCGCUGGGAAGUUGGGGGCUUCCACGGCAAGCCAUCGGAACAGGCACCGCGCCAGCGCCACACUUUGGAGAAGUGGCAUCCGAGCCCCGGGAACUACUGUCAGGGCAACACGAGGGCUGGGAGAAAACGAGAGCACCGAGGCGAAUUUUAUUCCUCUUUUGAUUUUCCAAAGAAACCAGCUUGCAAAGUAAAGUUGGGCGCGCAGGGCACCCACUUCUCUAGCCGAAGGAUUCGGGUUGUGCGCGCACCCUCCUUCCCUGCCCCUUGCCUUGACCCAGAGCCGCGUCCAGCUGGGGGUCUCCGGAAAGCGAGAGGCACAUGAUGUACACCAUCACUAAGGGACCUAGCAAAUUAGCCACCCAACGGAGGACAGGUCCCACGCAGCAGGUGGAGAGCAAAUUAGCGGACCUGAAGUGCCGUCGCCGGCAGCAGCAGGAACAAGAGCAGCAGCAGCAGCAGCUCCACUCGUGGCCUCUCUCAAGCCUAGCUCCAAAGCUCGUGUUCAACAGAGUAAAUGGCAAGAGACCUCUGCUCAUGACCCAGCCCACGCCGGCCACAGAAGAAAGCUACACGGUGGCACACGAAGAAAAUGUUCGGUUUGUGUAUGGAGCCUGGCAGCAGGUACAGCAGCAGUUGGACAAUGUCCAGCAAGGGGACAGCCAAUCUGGGCCAGUGCAAUACUCAGAGAAAACUCCAAGUCCUGAAUUGAAAGAUUUUGUGCCUAUAGACCUUGAAGAUUGGUGGGCCCAACAGUUUCUGGCCAAAAUAAAAAAUGGCUCUUAACGAGGGGUUCUAUAGAAAGAUUGAAAGAAAACAUUUAAAUUUACCCUAAGAAAAAUGCACACCUGUCCAAGCAAAAAGAGGAGAGAAGACAGAAAAAGAAAGAGAAAGGGGACCCCUUGGCAGUCCUACCCUCGAGCCCACUUUGGGGGCAGGAAGGAGAGUGCCCAGCUGCCCAGCAAGCACAGCCUUUGAAGCGCUGGGUUUUUGCCCAAGGAAGAUUCCGACGGGUGGAAUGUUCUGAAAGUACCAUCGCAACAUGGGUUGGAGAGUGGGGAGAGGAUAUGGGGAGGAGUCUGGCCAUCCUGUCCUUCCCCUGCUUGGAGCUGGUGCCCUUGGGGAAGCCAGCACUGACCUGUAAGCCGGGACUGUGUUCACAAUAAAAGCCCCAGUGCUGCCAGUGGAACAAGCCGUGCUGCUUGGGGAAGAAUGAUUGCUGGGAAAGGGCCAAGGACGCCGCUCCUGCGAAAAGAGAUGGUUGCCAAGUGUGUGCCUUUUUGCUGGCCGGCAAAUCAAGGGCAAGAGGGUGCUGAUGGGGGAAUGAGGAGUUGCCGCUGUGAGUUGCAUUGCCCAGGGAGGGACAAUGCGCUGUUGUUUGUAUAGCAUCUAAACACCCCUGUCUGAGCGUUGAGAGGUAAAUGGCUUGAGCGACCACAGGCUCAGUACGUGCAAAGUCAUUAGGGCUUUUGUAUGCUGUUGGUUCAGGUUUUAGCUCAGGGGAAGACAAUUUUUGUAUUAUUGGGAGUUGCUUUGUUUCUUGCAGUGCAGGAGCUGGGAGGGCAUUUGUCUCCCUCUCCAAAUCCCUUUACAUGGUCAGGUUCUUAAGUUCCUAUCAGCCAAGCCGAGGCUUUGCAUGCAAAUGUGCAGAGACAUGUGUCCUUAGAAGUGUUAUAGCCAUUGGAAACUCUGGGUAAGGUUCCUCCCAGACUGGCAUUUAAGGUACAGUGUGUGUGUGUGGGGGGGUGAGGGCUGCCAGGAGCACACACAGUUCUUUAUGGGACGCUGAGGGUGGGCAUGCAACUCUGGUUGCCCUCCAUCUGCCCAUUCCCAGAGCUUCCAACAUAUGUUGCUUUAGGUCAAGGGCUACAUUGCAUCAUGAUCAGCCUUCCAAGGGCUGUUUGCCAAUGGUGGGCAGCUCCAGAGGCAAAAUUGGGCGGAGCCACUGACAUGACUCUUCCCUUUGCACAGUAGGCUACAUUUCUGCCUGUCUGGGACUGAUGCAAAUUGUAGUCCAAAAUACCCAGAGGUUGGGCAAGGCUGUUCUAAGGGUUGCAAAGAGUUGCAUUAACCAGGCAAAGGCAUGUUGCUAAAACAAGAGUUACAGAAAUGGGUUCCACAUUUCCCUCCACGCUUCAGUUUCAAUUUAGGUUGACAGCUUUUGGAGAAGGGCUGUCACUCAGUGGUAGAGCAUCUGUCUUGCACACAGAAGGGCCCAGGUUUAAUCCCCGACAGCCCCAGGCAGAGCUAGGAGGCAAUCCCGUCUGAAAUCCUGGAGAGCCACUGGCAAUCGGUAGAAAAUGAGCUAGAUUGACCACUUUGUCUGAUUCAGUAAAUGGCAGCAUCCUGGGUUCCAGUCAACCUUUGAAGCGGCGGUCAGCUGUUUUCUGCCAACACGCAAAGCUGGAAGUGUAUCAAGACUCUGAAUUUCAAAACCAACAUUCAGAUUUUGUAAAAGUUCGUACUGUUCCAAGGCUGCUUGUCCAUCUUUGAUGAGAUGGCGUGUGUUAUGUCAAAAAAGCUUGAGGUUGUGCCCUCAGGUAUGCUCCCCUCUCCAAAAGCAAAACAAAAAAAAUGUCCAAACAUUAUUUGAAACCUGCCGCUUUCUAGUAUGACUGUCAUGCUCAGCCUUUCGAAUUGUGGCAAAAAUCAAUGUUGGCUGCUAAAAAAAAAAAGG